UAAAGACAUUGGGUACCGAUGAGUUAUAUUAUCUAAAGGAGCAAUUUUCGCUAUUAGAACCGAGCAAAACCGGAUCCAUAAGCAUGGAGAAUAUCAAAACGGCCUUGUUGAAGCAUGCUACAGACGCAAUGAAGGAGUCACGAGUCCAUGAUUUUCUAACAUCGCGGCAUUAUGUGUGCUUCAGCUUGAGGCUCUUGAUAGAUGGGAGGAGACUGCACGUUCCGUGUAUGAAAUAUUUGAGUACAAACAUGCAGCAACUUAAUAUACAAGAAGAAAGACAGUUUGAUGAACCUGAAGAAGACAUCCCUUCUGUAGUGAUUCCGAACCACCUGCAAGUUCAGACUGCUGAUUGCUCGCACUUGAGUUUCGGGAGCUUUAGUUCAAGAACGCUAAGGUGGUUGAGGCGUUACAAAAGGAACUGGAGAAUGCUCGAGUUCAGAUUCAGAGUGUUGAUCCUUCAUAUGUGA